UCGGGGCGGGGCUCCGCUGCGCGCCGGCCAUUGGGGCCUGCGAUCAGGCGGAGGGAGGUGGUGGGGUCAGGGGGGAGGGCGGGGAAGGCUUUGCUCGGUGCACUCGGCGCUGGCUGUCACCUGCGCGGGGCUGCAGAUAAAGAAUGAAGACUGUCUGUACCAUUUUGAUUACCUCUUCUAGGGUUCAAAGAGAGAAUCAUUUCCCCUGAUCUUCAUUUGCUAAUGGCUCAGCUUGAUCUAACUGGUACACAGAUAAACUUGCUGUUAAACAAAAAUUCCGGUAGGAAGAACCACCUCAAUGUCCAAAAUUCCUUUGCCCCUGCUGAUGCCGGUGGCUCUCUGUAACCAUCUAAAAGCCGAACUGCGCAAAGUCACGAGAGCUGUUCCCAAGAAGCUCCUAUGUGAAUGGACAGUGCUGCCGUCCUCUUGAGAGAUGAGAUGAAGGACCCGUCACAAUGACAGCUCUGCAAGUUCCAAAUAUGAGAGUCGUGCAUAUGGAGUUCCAUGCGUUAUCUCCAGAGUGAUCUUCGUUCUUGUUAAGCUAAUUUCACCUCUUGUCACAAGUUUUGCUUUUUGGAUUUAGACCAUCAGUAGCCACGGGACUCCUGUGUAAAUCAGUCUUUUUCUUUUUCUUUUUCUUUUUUUUUUUUCACUAUUUUACACAGAGACUGUUAUCAGGACUGUUAGUGGAAUAAGCAAAGCCAAUAUUCACAGGGUUUAACUUCGUACCUAUAGCACCUUUUGCCCCAGAAUGCCUUACAAACACCACGCAGCACACACAUCCCAGCGUACAACCUCUCACGACAUUUCUAUUCACUUAGGCACCACCUUAGUUGCCCAAGCCGACUUCUAGGGACAUUUCAGCACGUAGCAUCUCAUACAGACGUCACCCAGAGGUGCCUUUCAGGUCUGAGAGCUUUCUCCGUGAAUGUAUUCAGAGCUAAAGAGACCAUGCGUGCAUCCUGCGGGUUGAUGCCGUCCACCUGAGCAGCGUCCCGGAGCGGCCGAGGGAAUGGCAGCGGGAGGGCACGCUGGCGCUCCUCCUGUGCGGCUGUGGGUGCGACGUGUAGGUGUUUACUGCGACGAGCACCGCAAAACGUGGCUUGUGGCUGCGGAAGAGGAGGAAGGUAUGCUGAGGGCUCGGAUCCAAAGAGUUCAGGUUCCCCUGGGUGAGGCGCUGCGACCCAGCCAGCUCCCCCCAUCCCGGCUGCCUCAUAUGUGGCAGCUGUCCCAGGGUGAGCAGUACAGGGAUAGUAACUCUCGCGUUUGGGAGAUAGAGCACCAUCUCAUGCUUGGUGGUGUUGAAGAACUGCUGCUUAAACUCGUGCCUGGUGAUUAAUCUGGAGCAGUGGCUCUAGGAGGAUGUCGUUGUAUAUUUUGUACAAUAAAUGAUUCUCUCUCCACUGAAAUGCAGCCACCUCUGAGGUGGAAGCAGUUAAACAACACACAGCAACAUCACACAAGAGUUUAGGACAGGCAGUGAAGAGGAGUAUUGUGUCCAAGUGAAACAUCAGGGGGAGUUCUAGUUCUCUGAACAUGUCCCAGAAGGAUCCCUGCCAGAAACAAGCCUGUGAAAUACAGAAAUGCUUGCAAGCGAACAACUACAUGGAGUCGAAGUGUGAAACUGUGCUUCAGGAGAUGCGCAAGUGCUGUGCCCGGUACCCCAAGGGCAGAUCCAUCUGUUGUUCAGGGUUUGAGAAAGAAGAAAGGGAGAGAGAAAAGCUGAAGGCGACUUCAGGACGAAUUCCCCCACCACCUCAGUAACACAAUGCAGCUCCAGCAGGUGCCGGAGCACAGACUCACCUGUAGAGCUUGUGUGUGUUUUUUCAAGCCUUCUUUAGACUUUCAGGAAAGCCAGAUCGCUCCUGGAACACACCACCCGGCACACCAAAAAGUAUAAUGCAGUACCAACAGAUGGCCUGGUUAACAGACUUUAUUCUCUGUACCAAAACAUCCUCUACGUUGUCUUUGCAUUGCGCUUGUGUCUGUGAAAAAUCAAUUUGGUGUUCUUAGAAUGCUUACCUUACUCUAAUCCAUCCUUGCUCGCAAAAUGGAGAACUGGAACCAAGUUAUUCUGGCUUCUGGAGCGAGAGGUACAGGAAAUAAGUUCAGCAGAGUGAGUGAGUUUAAGCAUGACACAAGCCCAUCUUGACACAGCAAAGGUAUUGCUGCCGUCGUGCAGUAGUUCCAGACAACAUUUGCCUGUCCAGUGGUUCAAGCUCAAGAAUGGGAAUCAGGUCUUGGGAUUGUUCCUAGGUCUUGCAUAGAUCACGAGUGACUACACGUCACUUUGCCUAAGUGCCUCACUUUCCCACUGGACAGACUUUUGUUUACUUUAUAUUUGAAUUGCCUACACGCUGCUAUUUGCAUGACAAAGAUGUUACAGGAACAUUAUUUCAGGGAUUGCUACAGGAAUAGGAUUUUUUUAAAAAAAGCAAUAUUCAUUUGAAAGAUCUGACUGUUGAUAUAAAAUUUAUAAAUUUAUGUACAAUUGAACACCUUUAAGCAAUAUGUUACAAACCCAGCGUAGUUCAAGCUGCUGGUACCCAGAGGCCUGUCACAAAGCCCUGGGCUAGAUCCAAGAACUGAUUUAGGCGCUGCUUACUGAAUAAGCAGUUGUAGCACUUGGUUUCAACACAGCAUUCCAGACUCACUCACAAGCCAGCUGUGUCAGGACUCCAGGGAGAGAUGGCUUUUCAGAAGCUCUCACCCGUGCAGCAGAAUUUCCUGUGACCUGUAGGAAGAGCUCAGCAGACAGGUUCCUGCAUCACCCUUCAGAGUUGCCUCAGUCUCUCCGUCCCCCGUAGCAGGAGUCCAGGCACCGCAGCAGGUGCCAGGUCCACUGUAGGGCCAGGCACCCCAAUCUCAGACUUCAAACCCACUAGGCUCCUAACUCUGUCAUUAGAUCUAGCCGUAAAGGACUUUUGUGCUGUGAUCAAGUACAACUUUUACAAAAUACAGCUUCUAUAAACAGACCACUGUAGUCUAGGCACAAUAGCUGAGUGUAUUGAAGCCUAGAAAAGCAAACCAUCUGUAUUCACUGCUCUGAAAUACAAAAUAAAUGACUGGAACAAA